AUGUUUUCUGUUAAUGACAUCUCUCCGCUCACUUUCGCAGCAACUGCUGGCAUACUGGUUGUCUCUUACGCAUAUUCCAGCCUAGCUAAGGGGUCCAGAGGCAAUCAUCCACCUGGGCCAAUAGGAUUACCAUUCUUUGGACCUCGACUAUCCAGCACUCCGUGGAAAGACUUUGCAGAAUGGGGGAAAAAUUAUGGUGAUAUACUGUAUAUCAAGAGCUACGGAAAAGGCAUAAUGGUUUUGAACUCUCACCCAGCAGCCGUUGACCUUCUUGACCGUCGAGGAAGCAACUAUAGCGACCGUCAGACAUUUAUUAUGAACGAAUACUUGACUCGUGGACUAUCGUUCGGCAUGGUCAACGUUGGUGACAUGUGGAGAAAGAUGCGUCGGGCGAGCCAUGAGUGCCUGAGCAAGACAGGAGUCACACGAUAUUAUCAUGUCCAGGAGAGAGAGGCUUUAAUAUUCACGCAGAAUCUCCUUUGCGAUUCCUCAAAGUGGAACCAAGAAGUAGCACGAACGGCCGCCUCUGGAAUGCUCACUGCAGUAUACGAUCUGCCGCCUAGGGAGUCAAUAAAUGAUCCCCUUGUUUCUAAAUUUAAUGACUUCCACGAGAUUCUGAUCAGCGCUGUAACGCCCGGCCUCAUUGAAUACUCACCGUGGUUGCAGUACCUUCCGUCGUUCUUAACUCCGUGGAAAACAAAGGCGCAACAUCGCUUCCUCGAGCUAUCCUCAUUUUUCGGGGAGCUCAUGCAAGACCAUGGGGAGCAGGAAAGCUCUGCGUUUGCCCCGUUUCUCAUUCGCGAGAAAGACAAACUUGGGUUGAGUGACACUGAGUCGGCAUGGCUCGCGGCGACCGUUGUGGCCGGGUUUGGAUCGAACAAUGAAGCAUUGCUUUGGUUGUUCCUUGCAUUGAUCGCGCACCCCGAAAAGCAGCAAAAGUGCCAGGAAGAGCUUGACGCCAUUGUCGGCCACUCAAGGAUGCCAACAUUUGAGGAUAGGGACAAUCUUCCGUAUAUUCGAGCAACCGCCAGGGAGUUGUUGAGGUGGAAGGCCAUUUCUCCUCUCGGUACCGAGCAUGUUUCCAAGGAGGAUGAUUGGUACCAGGGAUAUUUCAUUCCGAAGGGUACCAUGUGUCUUGCAAACUUGUGGUUGAUGAACCGCAACCGGGAGGUAUACGGUGAUGAUGUCGAGGAGUUUAAUCCAGAUAGGUUUAUUGACAGUGAAGGGAAACUUAAGCCUUCAAUCAGUGACACAAAAGAUGGUACGCUUUGUUUCAAUCCGGGGCCUUCAGUCAAUAGUGCUCAACAUUAUAAUAUCUCACUUUUCUGUCAUUUUAGAAGCAUGUGCCCUGCCCGGCACCUAUCCAAUGACAUUAUCUUCAUCUUCAUCGCCCGGCUGUUAUGGGCAGUCAAACUUUCCGCCGUGGUGGAUAAAACAACUGGAUGCCCCAUUAUCCCCGAUUUGACGGCCACAAUUGUCGACGGUGUGAAAACGCAAGUCACUCUGAUUCCUCGCGUCAUUUCAGACGAACUUCUAACAUCUCAUAUGCAGACGCCCGCUUCCUUUUGA